CGGCAUACAGCAGCGCAUCCACAGCGCACAUCCAGCACUGCAACAUUUUGACUCCCUCGACUCCGCUCAACCCUGCUGCUAUCCCACUGCUUCUAUGCCGCCCGCCAUGACCCUGAUUCGCUUCCGAGCGGUCUAGUGCCGGAGCAAAGUAAAGCCUCAUCGAUGCGUGCAACCCUGCCUUGCCCUUGCUUGUCCACCCUGCGGCUAGAAGCGGCUACAAGUGUUGACGUGUUGCUCUUCCCCUCGCAGAACCCAAGACGAUUGGGCCGUCGUGUGCAGCAGAUCAGGUUGAGCCUGACGCAGGUGUGCAGCCCUUCUAUCCCUGCCACCGCAUUUGAGGGUCUGCUGGUGCGUUGGUGGAUGGUGUACGUCUGCACUCACCGUGAGGCCGGGCCACAGUGCCCGCAUUGCACAUUUGUACAAAGCGGUCUGGGCAGGCCAGCCAGCUCCGGCUGCCAGCUCAUAAUAAACUCAUCAUCCAGUGCCAUGCCAUCUUCCUUUGCCCACGCCUACAGUUUCCCUUCCUUCCUCUCCCUCCACCAUCACCUUUUUGACACCUUGGAAACAGCCUCUCCAUCUCGUUCGUCUCACACGUUCAACCUGCUACUCCUUGAAAGCUCAUCACUACUAUCACGACGUACCGCGACAACGUAUAUACUUCUCGUACAGUCCCCGUCCAUUCGAACAACCGCUCAUUGGCGACAUCUCAGCCCUGCCCUACUGGCAAAGGUCCAUCCACGCUCGUUCUUCAAAGUCAUCCCUGACCACGACAUCCUUCCCUGACAAGCAUCUCAAGCACCAUUGGGCAGCACCUCUCAGCCCCAACACAGCCAUCAUUGCCACGGGGCCGGUCAAGAU